GAGGCUCGCGCCGGAGGCCGUGCGCUCCGUGGUGGCGAGCCCGCCGCAGGAGUGGCGGGGGAUCACGGGGCGGUGACUGCGCCGGGCCACUAUCAGAGGUUGGACUAUUCCAGUUAUUUAUUAGCUGUUGUAUAAAGGUAAAAGGACAACACGAUGUCUGACGAAAUUUUUAGCACAACUUUGGCUUAUACAAAGAGUCCAAAAGUUACCAAAAGAACUACAUUCCAGGAUGAGCUAAUAAGAGCAAUUACAGCUCGCUCGGCCAGGCAGAGGAGCUCUGAGUACUCCGAGGACUGUGACAGUGAUGAGAUUGUUUCUUUGGGGGAUUUUUCUGAUACCUCAGUAGAUGAAAAUUCAAUUAAGAAGAAAAUGAAUGAUUUUCAUAUAUCAGAUAAUGAAGAAAAGAGUGCUCCAAGACUGACUUUUUUGAAAUCCAAGAAAUCAAGCAAUGACCUAAUCAAAGAUAAGCCAGAAUUGACCAUCAAGAAUGAUGAGGAAAUGGCACCCAAUGGUUGUGAAGACAUAGUCAUAAAUUCCUCAUCUGAAUCUCAAAGUAAAGGCCAAGAAAUUGAGAAAGACAAAAUUAAACUGAAACCCAAACCCAGAAUUCUUUCGGUGAAAAGCACAUCUUCAGCAGAAAACAACAGCAGCCUUGAAGCAGAUGACCACUUGAAACCUUUACCUCGGCCAAGGAGCAUGUUAAAAAAGAAUAGCUACAGGGAGCAGAAAGAUAGACUGGAAGAAAAAGAAAUCUCUCCCAAUCAAGAACCACAGGUACAGUCUGCACCUUCUUCCCCUCCGAGGCCAAGUGGCACAGAAUUAGAAGCUGAGAAGAAAGAGGAAAAUGGUCAUCCUGAGGACCCAUGUGCAACAAAUCUAUCACCAUCAUCCCUUAGACAAAGUGCUGGAAAUUCCUUUUCACCAGAACCUGGGGAAAAAUCAUCCAUAAAAGUAGAUCAGAAUGAAGAAUUCACUGAAAACUGUGCUUCCUUGAAAUCAAAUGCAAAUAAAGAGAAUUCAUUAUUGAUGGACUUUGUUACUACUGCACUUGAGAAACCUAAAGAAAGUCAUUUGACUGCUGAGGGCCAUAAAGAAGAAAAGGAGAAGGCUGAACUGGUAACAGAUGAUAACUCAGCAGUUGAUCCAUCACUAUUUAAAUCUCAGAGUAUCUUAUUAUCCACCAGUCCAACAGAAUCUGCAAAGAAAACAAUUGAAGACAGAAACACAAAGAAUAAAAGGUCAACAAAUAAUAGAGUAUCCAGUGCAUCUGGCAGAUUAAUGACUUCCGACUUUAUAAAGAAAUCUAGUUCUGCAAGGAGAAGUCCUUCAACAACUACCUCUUCUCACUAUUUAGGGACUUUGAAAGUCUUGGACCAAAAGCCUUCACAGAAGCCAAGUCUAGAACCUGACAAAGCAGACAGCAUAAGGGCAGCUGUGUAUCAGGAGUGGUUAGAAAAGAAAAAUGUAUAUUUACAUGAAAUGCACAGAAUAAAAAGAAUUGAAAGUGAAAAUCUAAGGAUCCAAAAUGAACAGAAAAGAGCUGCUAAGAGAGAAGAAGCAUUAGCAUCAUUCGAGGCCUGGAAGGCAAUGAAAGAAAAGGAAGCAAAGAAAAUAGCUGCAAAAAAGAGGCUUGAGGAAAAAAACAAGAAGAAAACCGAAGAAGAAAAUGCUGUGCGGAAAGGAGAAGCACUACAGGCUUUUGAAAAAUGGAAAGAGAAAAAGAUGGAAUAUCUUAAAGAGAAAAACAGAAAGGAGAAGGAAUAUGAAAGAGCAAAGAAACAGAAAGAGGAAGAAACUGUUGCUGAAAAAAAGAAAGAUAAUUUAACUGCUGUUGAAAAAUGGAAUGAAAAAAAGGAAGCUUUUUUCAAACAAAAGGAAAAAGAGAAAAUAAAUGAGAAAAGAAAGGAAGAACUUAAAAGAGCUGAGAAAAAAGAUAAAGAUAAACAAGCUAUUGAUGAAUAUGAAAAAUGGCUGGAAAAAAAAGAAAGGCAAGAAAGAAUUGAACGAAAACAAAAGAAACGCCAUUCUUUUCUUGAAAAUGAGGCACUUCCUCCAUGGAGCCCUCCAAGCAGAACUGUGGUCUCAAAAGUGUUUUGAUAAUUCUCAUUCAUAGAUAUUUAGCUAUUUACCAAUUUGCUGAUUUUAACCAGGGGCUUAAAACCAUUCAAUUAGUUAUAGUUAGAAGAAUCUAUUUUAAUAAGUUGCCAGAUCCUUCUGCUGACAAUGAAAAAUAUACUUAGGAAUGGAAUCAGUGAAAACAUUUUUUCGAACUGUAGAUUACUGCUUCAAAUGAAAAGCUAAUAAUCAAACUUCUUUCUAUUCAAAUGCAUAAAGCUUUAUCAUGUCUUGAUAAUCUGAUAAUUCUUACUUAACACAGUGUGAUCCAUGAUCACUUUAACUAAGUCUUCUGCAUGUUAUUUAAAUUUGUUCCCAGUAAUAAGGGAAAUCAUCGAGGUAUCAUCAUCAUAGAAAACACUGAAUCUGUUGAUGAUUUUGCCUCAAGGUUCCAGUUUUUAAAUGAAUGUUUGAGUAUAUUUUAUCUAAAACUGAUCGUUAGCUCAAAGCUGUGUUUGCACUGUGCAAGUUAGAACUUGGCAACAGAGGCAAUAGUUCAAGUAGAACUCUAAUCAAUGAAGCAUUUUAAGAAUUCUGCCUUAUGCUUUAAUAUGACUGUACUUUAUCCGUUCCAAGCUUACGUGACAAUCAUAGGCACUUUAUAAUGAUCUCACCUCUGAAAUUUCUCUUUUUAAAUUUUAUCUUACUUUCCUUAUUAUUUAAGUGAUACCAAUAGAUAUCAGCGUCAUGGCAGUGAUACACGUAGACCUUAGUAAUGGAAAUUCCUCAGGAGUUCAAGGUCCUUAUUGCCGCAAAGAGGGUUAAGGCAAUGAUUGUCCUCAACAAUAAUCCAGUUUUAGAACUUAUAUAUUUAGAAGACAGCUGUAUGGGAAAAAAUCUAUGGAAAAUGUUUGAAGAACUUUUAUUUAUUUAUUUGAUCUCUGCAUAUCCAUGUAUUCACUAGUCUCAUACUUGACAUGGAACAUCUAAGUUAUGACUUACUAUUCAUUCUCAGAGGUGAGAUGCUACUUUAGCCAAUAGUGCAAUCCAGAAAUGCAAAGGUGAUGGGUGAGAAUAAGCAGUUACUAUUUAUUGGGCACCUAUUAUAUAUAUAUGUAAUUCCUGCUAGAUCUUUACAAAUGUUAUUUCUCAUCUUUAUAAAAACUAUUUAGAUACUGUCCAUUCAUUUUACAGAGACUUAGGAAAACCAAACAACUUGCCAUCCAUCUAGCAUGUGGCUGAGUUGGAGUCAGAACUGUUAAAGUCUGCCUGACUAAGGCUGCCUCCCUCCAGAAUCCCUGGGCUCUUUUUCACACUCCAUGUAACCUCAAAAAUCGUAAGUGCUAUCAAGAUUUCUGAAUCAUAGCAACCUUACAAACACGCUGUAACUCUCAGAGCCUAAAAUCAUGUACUAUUACUCAGAAACUACUUUUCCCAAGAAAUACAUACCUAACUGGUAUUAGCGAUAGUGGACCUCAUUAAAUCUAUACAAUGAACUAAGAAUUCUUAACCUUUAAGGAGUUGCUCAGACAUCUUGUAUCUCAUAUUGGAACGUCAGAAAACUCAGCACAUCCAUGACUGUGAAACGGUCACUCAGGGGGUUCCACACACCGAUCCCUCUCCUUGCUGCAGUGCGUGUGCAAGUGCGUGUGCAAGUUAAGGAAGAUGCUGAGGAUCCCUUCAGAGGAUGUUCAGUGCCACAGGUGAACGUGAGACGUUUGUGAAGGAUGCCUUGUCAUGCUGCCUCAUCUAGAACACUUCCUGCAGUGGGCAUGACUGCCAGCAAUGGGGAUUGCCGCCUCUUACUCAUCGGGUGCUCUCCACAGGACCUGACACCUUGCCUACUGGAACAGAGCACUGAGUGUUUAUUGUUUUGAAUCAGCUCUUCAGAGCCAAAAAGAUAUUUGCAAAUUCCAGGGAGGUAAAAAGAAAUGUAGAAAAAGGUACACUACUCUGGGGAAUGUGAGACCAUAAAUGUGUGUGUUCUAGACUUCACAUUAAAUAUUUACUUGGGUUUUCUCACUUUCUCGUACAUUAUUACAUUUAGUGGCUUACCAUUACCUCAUAGAUUGUUGUGAGAAUUGAAUGAGAUCAGUUAAUGUGAAGUACUAGGUACAUUAUAAGGACUGCAUAAAUGUUCGUUUUUGACAUCAUUUCCUUUCAACCAUGAGCCCCACAUUCACUCCACUUACCUAGAAUGCAAGAAGGCAGACAUAACUAGGGUAACAGUGUGUAUUUGGCACUAGAUGAUUUUCCCAUAUGGGAAAAUGGCCUUUCUGGCCAUUAUAGGCUGUACAACUCAACAAUAAAGUGGUGCUUUGUAUCAGGGCCUUCCUAAGAAAGAAAACUAAAUAAAUUUCUUCUCAGAGUUGCUUCUGAUGUAGGAGGAAAUGAGAAAUUGAGGUGUUUGGAAAGAACCAAGUCAUUUGUCUCAAAUGUGAAUGGUGACUUCUGUCUUACUGUGAUAAAUAAUAUAUUAUUUCUUGUGAAUAAUGUGCUAAAAAUCAUCUGGAUCAGUGAAGUCAUCUCUUCUCCUGUAGCAAAAAGAAAGCUGAGUUUUGGGGAGGGGAGUGAAGAUACAGUACUGUAUUAUUGUUUACUGCCUGAGAGGCAAAGGGGAGAAUCACACUUGGUAGUAUUAUCUAGAGAAUAUUUAAUGUAUUUAAUGGGUAUACCUUUCUCAUAUUUCCUUAGAAAGUAUCAAGUAUCAGUACAGAUAUUUAUUCAUUAAGUUUUCAUUAAUAAUAUUAGGGCAUGUAUAAUUCAAAUUAAGGACAGUAACAACCCGUUGAAGUUCAUACUAAACUUCCUACUUACAAGUAACAUUGAUCACUUGAAGAAUACUAAGAUUUUUAGAAGUACAUAGGAAUUAUAUGAAUAUUUAAAAUUGCUAUAAACAUGUUUCCUUGGAAUAUUUUAAUACAUUUAAAUAUUAGAACUUCAACUUUUACAUAGAAUUUAAGCUUCAUAAUAACCAAGAAAACAGUGAAGUGAAAGAAUGUAAGAAUUAUUCAUGGGAUAAUAAUAUUACAGUGGUUUGUAGUUACAUCACUGAAAAUUUUGGCUAAUUUUCUAUUUCAAAUUGUGUUUGAACUGCUAUUUUUCACUGUUGCUGAAGCAGUACCCAAUACUAAUCAAUGGCCCAUGGUUAUGUUCCUCAGUGUGCAGUAACUGCACCUCAGAGAGAUUUUAGUAAUUUGACCAACUUGGUCCAAACACUUUAUUUCUAAAGUGUACAAACUGAUUUCCAAAGAUUUUGAUUUAGCCAGUCACACUGUAGGGCACCCAGAGUUAGAACGCAGGUUUCUCAGUGGAUAUGCCCUCCAUUCCACAACUGCUAAAAUGUGCACACUGACUUUUAUUAUUUUAUUUUAUUUGAGUUAUAUCUUCUCAUCUGUUUCCUUAUUUCUCCAGUGCCCUCCCCAUAACUGAGCAUCAGAUCAAAGUUGUUUGGAUACCUACACUAUCAUAAGGUGUGGGAAACUGAAGUUGCUCAAGUCUUGAGUCAUGAUCUAAGAUACAACAAAGAAAAUAAAUUUCACAAAACAGGAAACAUUACAUGUUGGUCAAAAUCAUUCCCAAUUAUAAACUAGUAGAGGAAACAUAGAUUCUCCUAAUUUAAUCGUGGCUCUGAUUUCAGUAGUGCUUUUAAACAAUAUUUAAACCUACAUGUUUCCAUUCUGUGUAAAACAAAUAUGGUAAAUUUUCCUAGUUUAUUAUACUGGCUGAUAGAACAAUAAAAUGGUGUGUAGAUGUUAACUUGGAGACUUCUCUGUGUUUUUUUAACUCAAAUUUAAUGUGAUUAUGUUAUUUUGAAUUGUGUAUGUUACAUUAAAUUGUAUUAUGUUAACUUAAGUUGACAAAAUUCAUGGUAUUGAAUUUAGAAUAUCUUAGGAGUUAUUGAGGGAUAUGUAUUCAUGUUUAUGUCUGCUUUUUGAUAGUAUGUUUUCAUGUAAUGCUUAAUUUAUUAAAGUCAACCAUUCAAGAUA